GUCCUGCAGGUGGCAGUGCAGCGCAGAACGCCUCGGUGCGCCCGCCGCCAAAAUGCAUAUUUCCCAGAAGAAAUAUUUUGCUUUUCGGAAGAAGAUCCCGACAAAGCGGCCCUGUUUUUCUUUUUAGACCCCCUAAAAUAAAAGUUGAAUAAAUUUAAAACCGACUAUGUACGCCAGGACGAACGCGGGCAGCACGCAUGGAGACUUCCAGGACAGAAACGGAGUGAAUUACUCAUCGACAGAGUCUUUCGGCCACUGCUCGCAGUUGUUCUGGAAAAAAGACCCCAGCGAGUCCGGACCAAGCUCAACCAUCAGCUGGUGUGAUCAGCUCCCCUCGUCAUCUGCAGCUCUCUCCAGCUCCAGCCUCUCCACAGCAUCCCUCUCCAGCUCCACGCUGUCCAUGGAGUCCCAGGCGCCGGCGCCACAGCCGCCGCCUCCUCCGUCAACGCCUGCCACCGCAGCGGCGGACGAUACAGAAUCAGACGAGCGGCCGUAUGUCUGCGACCUGUGCAACUGCGCUUACAAGCACGCAAGCUCGCUGCUGAACCACAAGCUCACCCACAAGACGGGCGACUUCAAGUGUGACUUCUGCAGCAAACCCUACACCAACUACAUGUCUCUGCGCAACCACAUGCGAAUUCACGGGCAAAAACGCUACAUGUGCGACCUGUGCGGCAAGGCUUUCCGGCUGGCGCGGUACCUACGGAACCAUCAGAGGAUCCACGAUGACGGGCCCAACCGCUUCGACUGUCCCUCCUGCUGCAAGAGCUACAGAACCAUGCUGGAGCUGGCUCAGCACCGCUGCACGGCCGCCGCCUCCAACCAGAACCGGUUCAACUGCCCGUCCUGCUUUAAGAGCUACAGAACCAUGCUGGACCUGGCCCAGCACCGCUGCAGCGCCGCCGCCAAAAACCAGACUGCAGGGCGGCGCUCGAACUUCUCCGCGGCUCCUCGCCGUCAGCAGCAGCAACAGCAGCAGCAGCAGCAGAACAAUGCCAUGAUGCCGCCGCAGCACACAGGACACCCCCAGCAGGAAGCCUUGCCCCCCCACUGCGUCUCACCCAUGUCCCAGGGAGGCCAGCCCCUGCCAGACCCCCAUCAGGUCCGUCCCAGCUCUGUGUCCUCUCAGAGUGGCCAGCAAAGCAUGAGAAGCUCCGCCUCUAACAAGCACGUCUCCUCCUCUGGCGGUGCGCCGUCUUCCUCCUACUCCCUGCUGCAGCCCCUGGUGUCUGAGGUGAAGGAGAUGAGCCCGGGGUACACCCGACUGAGCGCCAACCCCAUGCCGAAGCACCAGGACGCUUUCUCCCUGGCCCCCCAGCGGCCCCUCACGACCAUCAACCCCAUCGGCCACUCCCUCCAUCCGAACGGAGCCCCCUCGCUCAAGCCCUCCCCUGUGCCACGGACCAUCCAGGCCAUGCCCUGGGAGCAGCGCUCCCUCUACAAUCAAUGAGACUGCUGGGAAAAGCCUUCCCUUUGACCCCACCCCUGCAGACACCUUCCUCCACCCUUCAUUCACUUGGGAGGACUCCUGGACAGCCCCCCCCCCGUUAGCCUGCUCCGGACUGUGGCGUGGCAGCAGUGAAGGGGGGCCGCUGAACCAGCAGACUUUGGUUUUUUAGUAGUUAGGUUUAAAACUAUGUGCUGCCUUGCCCUCCCCUCCCCCAUGUAUGAUCUAUGCAUUGACUGUAUAUGAGAAUUGGACUGAGUGACAGGAAGUGGCUCCAAGCAGCCAAAAUCCCUCUAAAGAGAAAUAAACAGUUAUCACUCAGUCAUUCUAUUGUCAGAAUAAACAUUCUUGAUGUGAUACUUUAACAUAAUCUUCAUUUUUUCUUUAUUUUUUUCUUCAUUACAACUAAUUCAAGUUAUAAACCGACCAAUCAGAUGCCUCAUUUAACCAAAUGUUCGCUAGAUUUGACAGAUCCUUUACAGUGGUAGUGGUGUGGCCUUCCAACAAGCUCACUCCUGAUUGGGGACAAUAGUUGCCAUAGAAACGAGCAUUCAGACCGACUGACCAAUCACUGCCCACUACCGUCGUCUGGCUCCAAAUGGCGGCGUCCAUAUUGCAGAAAAAUGACGACAGAAUCGGCUUCAUUUAGUUGGAGCUGGAAGUAAACCGUUUUCAAUGGAUGAUGUCACAUUCGCUCGGUCCAGCUCCUGUAUACAGUCAAUGGAUCUAUGCCAUGUACUGAUAUAAGUUAAAAUGUCUGUGCCCUUAACUGUCCCCCCAGAUAAGAAUUUAUCAACACCCCCCACCCCGUGCUAGUUAUAAAAAUAUUUAUCCCCCCAACCUUUUCAUUGUGAUAAAUGAAAAGCUAUUUUUAAUGAAAGUGUUUUAAAUCCAGACCCCCCACCCCGGCAGCUCCUCUUAGCAUCCCUGUUUAUUGGCUGACGGUUCUGGAACAGAAGCAGGAACCUUCAUCUUUCCCUCUGCGUCCAGAUUCCAGAGGCGGACCUGGUUCUGUUCACGUUCGGUUCUGGACGCGUACGGAGACGAGGACGGAGGACAGCUCCUCACCAGAACUCUCCCAACUGACUGUUACAAGCGUGUUCCUGCGUUUGAGCACUUCAGCACGAGUGCUGCUUCCUGUAGCUGCUCCAGUGAUGACAGGAGCUGUGGACCCCCCCAUGCCUGCUGCAGCCCCCACAGUGUUACACGUUUGUCAGCAACACUUUCAUGAGCAGCCGAGCCUGACUGCUGACCAAACUGCUCAUUUGACCAGUACCGGCUGAUUGAUGGAUCCAGUAUGUAGUUAGAUUCUGUUGAUAACAUGGUGUUGAUCGAUUACCCACAAUCCUACUGGCAUCGUUGUUUCUCUUUUUAAACUUGUUUGUAUUUUUAUUCCUGACAUGUUUUCAUGGUUUCUUUUCUCCUUGUAAAGUGUCUUUGAGUAUUUAGAGAAGUGCUAUACAAAUAAAAUGUUUUAUUAUCACCACUA